AUGGCUGCCAAGAACAUCCCCAAGGUCUUUUUCGAUAUUGCCGUCAACGGUAAGCCCGCCGGUCGCAUGACAUUCAAGCUCUUUGCUGACACUGUCCCCAAGACUGCCGAGAACUUCCGUGCUCUCUGCACUGGUGAGAAGGGUAUCGGAAAGUCUGGAAAGCCUCUUCACUUCAAGGGAAGCAGCUUCCACCGUAUCAUCCCCGGUUUCAUGGCUCAGGGUGGUGAUUUCACUCUUGGUGAUGGUCGUGGUGGCGAGUCCAUCUAUGGCAACAAGUUCGCCGACGAGAACUUCACCUUGAAGCACAACGCAAAGGGUCUCUUGUCCAUGGCAAACGCUGGUCCCAACACCAACGGCUCCCAGUUCUUCAUUACCUUUGACAAGACCCCUUGGUUGGAUGGUGCUCACACCGUCUUUGGUCAGGUCACCGAAGGCACUGAUCUCCUCGAGAAGCUCGAACAGUUGGGUUCCCAGAGCGGCAGACCUUUGGCCAAGGUUGACAUCACAGAGUGUGGUGAGAUCAAGGAGUAAAGAAUAAAAAUAAAAAUCAUUUAAACAUAUACACCCUUAUAAAAAGAGUACAAAGAGUGAAUAUGUGAUUUUGCGAUGUAAUAGAUAUAGUCGAUAAAAAAAAAGCACAUGUUUGUUAUUAUUUGCUUUCUUUGAAAGUCAUUAAUAAAAGAUAUAUAUAUAUAUAUAUUAUAUACAACACAUUAUUGAUGAUUUGUAUUAUUAAUAAUAAUAAAUUACUAAAAUAUAUAGUG